UGCCACAAAAACCCAAACAGUGUGCACAGCUGCUAGCUAAACGGAGCAUAGUAAAAUAAAGAGGCGCAGGCCUAGCGUUAGUGACAUUAUUUUGUAAAGGUUGUUUUUAAUAAGUGGUACCGGGACGAAGCCGUCUGUCACUUCGUCGUUUUUCGCAUCUGUUGUAGCUGAAGUUACCCGAGGUUGUCUCAUGAUUUAACUUGAAUACUGACGGAAAGUAGAGUGAAGAGGUUGGUUUGAUGUGCGUGGCAUCAAGACAAGAGGCACCAUGAGUGCAGAGGUGGAUGCACUGACUGUAGUGAACCAGCUGCGAGAUCUUGCUGCGGAUCCCCUGAACCGAAGAGCCAUAGUAGAAGAUCAAGGCUGCUUGCCAGGUCUCAUCCUUUUUCUGGACCACCCCAACCCACAGGUCGUCUACUCUGCACUUUUGGCCGUGCGCUACCUGGCAGAAUGUCGAGCCAACAGGGAGAAGAUGAAGGGCGAGCUGGGCAUGAUGCUGAGUUUGCAGAAUGUCGUGCAGAAGAGUACGUCCCCCGGAGAAACCAAACUCUUGGCCUCUGAGAUCUACGAAAUUUUGCAGGCAGCCGGUAAAGACGAGGCCGCACAGGCUGAGGCAGAUGCUGCCUCCUGCCGACGUAAAGCCCAGUUCUUCCUGGGCUCCAACAACAAAAGGGCCAAAACGGUGGUGCUGCAUAUCGAUGGACUAGAUGACUCUACUCGGAGGAGCCUCUGUGAGGAGGCCUUGUUAAAGCUCCGAGGGGUCAUCAGCUUCACCUUCCAGAUGGCCGUCAAGAGAUGUGUUGUCAGGAUCCGCUCUGACCUCAAAGCUGAAGCGUUGGGCACAGCAAUCAACUCCACCAAAGUAAUGAAAGCCCAGCAGGUGGUGAAGACAGAGGAUGGAGGAGAGUUGAUUCUGCCAUUCCAGGAGGGCUCGGAAGUGCUGGUGGAGGAGAACACAGACAUCCCAGACUACCUGCCUGAGGAGGAGAGUCCGUCCGAGGAGCAGGAUAAGGCCGUCACGCGCGUAGGCUCCAUUACUGACGGCAUGGGCUGGCUCAACACAGCCGCCAACUUCCUGACACGCUCUUUUUACUGGUGACCACUUCCUGUGCUCAUUCUCUGCCCCCUGUUUAUUUUUUCCCCCUAAAGUAACCAUCCAAGCUGCAGCGUUUCAGCAUCUCUCAGCCUAGUCCCGGACUAAGCCCUGUCUCAUGGCCCUACACUAGUCUAGACUCCCCUCUGCAAAGCACACAGAGUCCGGCCACGCAAGUGUGUGCGACAAGUGCUGGACUGCCAAGUGGAAUCUGCAAUAACUUUAA